AUGAGUUAGCCGGUUUUUAAUUCUUACGCCUAAUUUUACUCAAUUUUUAAAACGACUACUUUAAAUUUAAAAAACCAUGAUAGGGUAUAGUUAUUAUACUGUUAUAAGGUGUCAUAUAUUGCUAAUCACAUUAAUUUUUUUUAAAGUGGCUGCUGAAGAAUCAGGAAUCAAACCAGCUGGACUAUCGUUUCGAACAAAACGUAAAGUUUUAUUUACUUUUAUUAUCCUUAGCUAGGGUAGAUCAUAGAGAGCAGUAUAGAGUAGAUUAAAAUACAACAGGGAAUGACACAUACAGUGUGAUAGAAUAAGAUAACCGGCUAGAUAUGUUAAAUCAAAAGUAUAAAAAAGCUUUCAGAUGGUGACAUAAUAUCAUUUCUCAACCUCAAAGCUCAUUUCACGUCGCCAGACACGGUAACCGACGAAGAUGACAGUUACGAAGAAGACAUGGACUUUUACGACCAAGGACAACCCUUUAGCUACAAAGAUGGAAAAGGUAAUUUUUACAUUUUUAAAGUUUAUUCUUCUUUUAGGUUGUAAAGGUACAACAAGGUAAAAUGAAAAAUGACUUUUAGGCGUAUUUUAGAAGACUUAACAUCAUUUUUUUAUUUCAAAAUUCCAGAUAAAAAGACCAAGUACCGUUUCGAUGCCUACAUCAAGCAAAUCCGCAAAAGGCCAGGCUACGAUAGCGAUACUCGUACCUCGUCGGAAGUCAAAUUCGACAAAGAACUAGAUGAAGAAAUGGCAGAAGAAGACUUUGAUGACAAUUUUGAAGAAGAUAUUUCAAUUAAAAUUCUAGAAGAUGAUGAAGGAGGUGCUUUUGCUGAAGACAGUGAUGAGUUAACCGAAGUUGAACUUGAAGACGAAAACUAUGUUGAUAGUGGUAAUGGCACUAUGACAAAGAGUAAGGUUAAAGGUAGAAAAGGUAGUAAGAGCAGGAAGAAAUGGAAGAUAAAGCAGGAGAAAGAAAAGAUGGAGAAAAUGAAAGUGGAUCAGAAGACAACAAGUAAGAUAAACGUCCACUUACUACCUACGAUAAAGAAAUAUAAGUAAUUUUUGUCCUUUUAGCUACAGAGAUCAUACCAACAAACGUAACAUCCAACAUGUCCUUAAUAGAAGAGUUAGAAGAAGAGAUGAUGACUACUACAGUAAAUCCUGAAGACGAUCGUAUCAUGAGUUUCUUUGGAAUGUUUUUUGAAGAAUCUGAAGAAGAAGAAGGCCGAGAAGCUUGUAAGUGUAAUAAUCAUGCCCUACUUUGUCUUAUUUUGCCUUACCAUACCCUGACUGACUUUAUCGUGCCUUACCACAAACUGCCUUACCAUACCCUACCUAUUCGUUCCGUACUCUAUCCUACUCUACCCUACCGUGCCAAACUCUACCAUCACCUGACGUACUUACCGUACCCUGCUUUGGUCUACUUUACCUUAUUUUGCCUUUCUAUACCCUGCCUAACCUUGCCCUACUUUACCAUUCCCUACCUUAUCGUGUCGUACCUUGACCUACCCAUACCUAAUACAAGACCCUCGUUUCAGUAAAUGAAACAGUAGUAAAAGAGCACUGGGUUCUAGCGGCCGAAGAGAUUCUACACACAGAUUCGUUAGGCCGUUCAGAAGAAGAACUACGUGAAAUGCUAACCGAGCCAGAACACCUAGAACAAACUUUUGGACAAGCUCAUCGUGAUCACGGUGCCAGUUAUCUACUGCCUAUCUUGAAAACUGUCCAAUACGAUAACAAUAGCGUUCCUGUAGUUUUUCCCGGUGGGUCUUAACUAAAGGUUACUUUAUAGACUUUAAACUCAAAGCUUGCAUUUUCUGCACCAGUAUACCUAAUGUUUCGUUUCAAAUACUUCACAAUCCCUCAAAAACCCAACUCUAACCUAAAACCCUUUCAGACAUCCCAGUCCACGUCCGUGUAGCUCUAAACGUUAUUCAACUAGGCAACUUCGACAGUCAGAACAUGGAAUACUCCAUCGACCUGGAAAUGCACAUGACCUGGUACGAUGUUCGGCUAGCCAACAACUAUUCGAAACCUAUCAGGAUUCGUGAAAAAGAGAUUCUGGAUUUAGUUUGGAGGCCAGAUCCUUACUUUGUCAACUCCAAAUACAGUUAUUUUCAUAUCGUUUCGUUUCCCAACUUCCGGAUGCGUGUUAUGCCAACCGGUUUAGUGUUUUACACCCUGAGGGCUACGCUUUUACCGGUAUGUUUAAUGACAUUCUGUCGGCAUCCCCACGAUCAUCAACAGUGUGACUUGAAGAUUAGUUCGAGUAGGUUUAUUUUUGGAAAUUUGGAGUUUUUAUCGUUGUCUUCUUAUAUCUGAUACAUGAUUUUCGUUUCAGUAGCAUAUCCACGAUCAUUUGUGAGCUUCAGUUGGCAUUCGAACGCAGUAGAAUAUAACAGUAAAGUUACGUUACCUGAGCUUCGUAUCAAGAGUUUAGACACUGAAACAUGCAAAGUCGAAGGAAAAUUGGGUAAGUGGAUUUUGUUAUUUAAAAUGCUCGUACUUGACCAACUGUUACCUAAAAUCCUAAAAAUCAAAAAAACUUGCAUUGGUAGUAUAUAAGAUAUUCAUCACGAGGUUAAAAUUUUCAUCAAUGAUAAACUUGUUGGCCGUAUUACGAUCAAUGAUUAAAUUAACAUCAAAAUGUUGAUCAGACUUUAUGUUACGGUCAAUGUUCCCAUCAAUUUUCAUAUUAACAUCCAAAUUUCGAUCAGCAACCAUACUGACCUCUAUAUUAUAGUAGCCUCAUCCUGCCUUCGCCUAAAGAUCAGCCUCGAACGCGAUGGAGCGCGCUAUAUUGUCGAAAAAUACAUACCCAGCACAUUGGCCAUGAUGUUCGCUUGGGUAGCGCCAUACGUACCCUAUAACUACGAAGAUGUUCGUAUUAUCACACCAAUCACAGUAUUAUUGACAUUGGUUCAAAUGGAGAAAGGUGAUGCUGAAGUACACACGUCUUAUCUGACUUCUAUGGACAUUUGGUUUGUUGCUAUGAAGACUUUCAGUGUUUUGUCAUUGGUCGAGAGCUUGAUUGUGUUGGCUUUAAUUAAACAAAGUCGCGGAAUGGUAGGUUUAUAUCGUUUUUGGGCUGAAAAGUGGUCAAAACAUCCAGUUAGGUUUUAAAAACUUACAUUUUGGAGUUCUUCUGAUCAUGUUUUUCAAUGUUAAGACAUAAAAACAUUAAAAUCAGCAAAAUCAUGCUGAAAAUGUCAAGAAAAGACCUAAAACAGACCUCUUUUUCAUUGUUUUACCACUUUCAAAGCUCUAAAUCGCCUUUUUUAAUCCAAAAAUAAUAUCAAUAGACCUUAACUCUUUAUUUUUAGAAAAAAGAAAUGAUCAGAGCACCAAAUGAGUACGAGAGGGAAAAGUUCAAGGUUCAGAAGCGUCGCCUAACUCAACUUUAUCAUCGCCUAGAUGCUACAGCUCGUUUCCUAUCUCCAAUUGCAUUCUUAUUCUUCUUCGUUUACUAUGUACUUUAUGUUACCCAACGUGAUGAGAAAACGUGUCUAGGACAGUCGAUAUUCGACCUGCCUUGA